AGCAUCCUUCGUGAAGACAAAAAUGGCCCCAUGAAACAAGCUGGAAUAUUCGCGCAGUGUGUGUGCGCUAUGCCAAUCUGAAGGAUUUAAUUUGGAAAAGCACCGACUUCACGGAUGGAAGGUUAGGUUAUUUCCUGCAUAAGACAGCAUUCGCCAUUUGACGUCUCAGAUGGCUUUUAUGUCGAGAUUCUCCCGGUCCAGGAGCAACUCUAGAUCGCCGAGUCGGAAGGAUGCGGAGAAAGGAUCUCCCAUGCUCACAGUCGGCGAGCUGGAGAGGCUGCUGUACACUGGGAAAACAGCCUGUAAUCACGCCGAUGAAGUAUGGCCAAACCUCUAUAUAGGUGACCAGGAGAUCGCUGCAGAUCGCCGGGAGCUGGCGAAGCUUGGCAUUACCCACAUCCUGAACUGUGCCCAGAGCAAGUGGAGAGUGGGCGCCGAGUACUACGCUGGCAUGAAUAUCACCUACCAGGGCAUCGAGGCUCACGACUCACCCACGUUUGACAUGAGCGUAAACUUCUAUCCCGCCUCGGAGUUCAUCCACAAAGCACUCAGCAAUGGAGGGAAAGUCCUUGUGCAUUGUGCGGUUGGUGUCAGUAGAUCAGCCACACUUGUGCUGGCUUACCUGAUGAUUCGGCAGAACAUGACCCUGGUGGAGGCCAUCAAGACGGUGAAGGACCAUCGCGGUGUCAUCCCCAACCGAGGCUUCCUGCGGCAGCUCAACGGCCUGGAUGGGAUCCUCCGCUCCAGUCGCAGUGGGCCAUAAGUGUGUGCGGUGGGGUGGGGGCACAGUGGUAGAGCCCAAAUCCUUGCCCGUAGAUUUUAAGUUGUGUCUGGGGUAAAAGUAGAGAUGCUUUUUAUGAAAACAAACAAACAAAGAAAAAAAUCGGUUCAGAGCCAGAGUCGUGGUUAGAGUCUUAUGCAUUGUGGUCAGUAUAGAUAUGCCUUAAUGUAUACGUCUCCUAGGGAUGUAUGUGCUCAAUGCCUUAUUCGGUCCUGUCCACUGCCAUCUGGGAUGGAACUACAGCACUCGCUGGGCCACCUGAUAACUUCAUGAUGAUUUUAAUGCAUAUAUUUUAAAGCAUAGAUUUUAAGGCAUACAGAACAUUCCAUAUCAUGACUCAUGGGAGGUGUCCAUCAUAUCACAGGACAGGAGGAGAUUGUGGUUACUGUUGGCUGAAGGGCAGUCAUAAGUGCUUUUGAUUGUCUUGAAAUAUUUGAAUGCCAAACCAAAGUAGCAUGCGGUGUGGCAUUAGAACUGAAUGUGCAAUGCUUGAUGAUGCAUCUGCCUGACCACCCUGCUACCCCCCCCCCACACACACACACACACACACACAAAAAAAAAAGAGAGAGGAUAGGAAAAGCUUUAAUUGCAUUCACAGACUUUUUUAAGAGAACAGCUGCGCAUAUUGGCUUCAAGUCUGGAUAAUCCAGUUGCUCAUGAAUACUUUAUUAUCAUAUUCUCCAAUGAUAUAUUAUUGAUAUGCAUGAGUCCUUUAUUUUUUAAAAGUGUAUUGCUUUAUUUUCUGUGUGUAAGCACUAAGCAGAUUCUACUCUUCUUUACAAUAUGAAGUCCAUGAAAUAUGGUAUUAGUUCUUAAUGGUAUUUGCCUCCUUGAUAAAACACAUGCACGGUUUUAAUUCAUUAGCACCAAGUAUCGAAGUAUAUCAUGAAAGUACAUUUUAUUUUAUUUGUGGGGCAAAUCCAUCAGGACUGACAUUACUAAUUGGUUUUAAUUUGCAGAACAUUACUCUACAGCAGCCAUUGUAGAUAUUAUUGUAGAUAUUAUUAAGUUCCGAGUUUUAUGACUAGAGGGUCGUUCACACCAAGAACGAUAACUGUAACAAUAACAACAUGAAGAACGAUAUCACUGGGGAUAUUGCGAUUUUGAGAACGAUAAAAAUCUGAGAGCCAAUCAGAAUCUAUCACAUUUUAGCCAUCUCAUUCAUCGACACUGACAUUGGUCAUUGUGGACGCUUUUAUCGUUAUAGUUAAAAUUAUCUUUAUAGUUAUCGUUCCUGGUGUGAAUGACCCUUAAGUAUGCUUGGCCCUUGCUUGACGUGGAAGCAAAGUCACUGUUAUAGUGGGCUGUUAGUGUUUUGUUUGCUAUGAAUAAGUUACUCAUAGACUCUAGUAAGAGAACUGUGAAGGCUGCAAAACAAUUUUGAUAGCUGGAUAAUCGGUAACUAUGAAUGUUUUUUGUGGCUGAUGUUACAUACUGACUAUACUAUCUUUGAGACCAGGCACUGGGAUAUUUUUUAAAGUUCUUCCUGAGGGUAAUAAUUAUGGUUGAGUAUUCCAUUUACUGUAUCAGACUGAUAUAGGGAAAUGAAAAUAUAGACAUGUCAUUGUUAUUAAUGACAUUUCAAUUGCACCUAUUUGUUGGGGUGUCAUGAAAGCCAGGACAGACUGAAUGGAUUAAACAGAUAAUUUCCACUCUCAGGUAUUCUAAAGCUAUUAUAAACCAUGUCCACCUAUUGAUGGAUUUGCCCUGUAGCAUUUUAGUAGCAAACACACUUCAAGGUAUUCGUUUUUAGAGAAACCCCUGACAGCUAGAACUUGUGCCAAUGCUGAGGGCACAGUUGAGAAAGGUCACCUCCACACUCCACCCUCAAGUUAAAAUCCUAUGGCUACAAUGAGUUGGAUGCAAAGGUUUGAGUUGGAGUCCCAGGGACCAUAUUUGUUGUUAAUACAUGCUAGGCCUACAGAUUGACUCAUGGCAUGUGGUCAUGGGGAUGGAUAUGUUCAAGACAACUUGGAGCUCAGGUAAAUACAAGAUCCAAGUUGGUUGUAAAGAUUUGAACAUCAUCCACCAACAAGUUCAAGUCAGAAACUCAGGCACCCAUAUUGACCUCACUGACUCCUGGACAUCAAUACAUUGUGAUCAGUGCGUAUUGAUUUUGUAUGCAUUAUAAUGGAAAUGCAUACCUUUGCUACCUUUUUAAACAUCUGUAAAAGAAGUUUUUGGUUCGGUACUUUUGAAGUAUCGACACUCAAAAGCACUUUGGUUCCAGGUCAGCCGCUCCCGAAUCUCUGAGUUCCAAAUGGUCUUGAACACUGGCAGCUGGUAGUCUAAAAACACCACUGACACCUUUAUGCCACAUACAGUAUCUCAAACCACUGUUUUGAACAUAUGUAUCCAGCUUACAACUGCCAGCAUACGUAGCUAAUAAUGUAUUAGAGGGUUUUGAUGUUUAUACUGUAGGACAGCACAAGGGAAUGGAUCUCUAUGUGCAGGACACUUCCUGUUGGGGUACACGGUACACUAGUAAACAGUCAAAGACAUCAAGGAAAAGCUGUCCUUGUGAUCUUUAAAGUGCAAGCAAACAACCCAAACAAGCAUGACUCACUGCACCAGUGUUGCCCCCUCUUUCAGGGAGAGGGAGGCAUGGAGAUCAAAACUUUGUUAUGCGUUCACAAAUCAAAGAGCCGGGGGGGGGGGGGGGGUACUUAUUGGAAGUGUAAAGACACUGCGUCUGAGACUGAGUUUUUUUCAUGGGCAGAGUGAGUGGGAAGGGAGGUCUGUGGGUCAUCCACGAAGGGAAUCCAUUGAAGUGGCAAGCAAUUUCACCUGCAAUACGAUUGUGUGGUGUAACCAGCAGCUUGCUGAAAGAAUAGCAGUCAAGUGUGUCUUUACACUUACCACAUUUGUUCACAUGUUUUUUUUUUGUUUUUUCAUUGCUACACAGUGUUGAAUUAUGAUUACACUGUAGCUGACAGAAACAAAUAACAUUUUAAAAGAAAAAAUGCCUCAACAUCUGUGGUAUUAAAAUUAAAUGUUGUUCAGCAUCACUAUACAUUACAUUCUUAGUGUUUUUGUUUCCACUUGAAUUGUUUUUCACAGAAAGGCUAUGUUUGUGAGGCUAUGUUUAGCAGGCUCAACAAAAAUGUAGCAAACUGUAGAUAAGUAUAUUUAAGACUUGUGAACAGUGACAGUGCUGUCUGUGGAGUUUUCAGUGUUUCAAGUGUUAUUUGUCAAUCCUCACAAUUUCUCAUCUAGAAAUGACAACCCAUAAUGUCCGACGAGUUCCUUAGGAUUAGCAAAAAUAGGUCUCUAUGCAAUGAUCAAUACAGUGGUUCGGUUUCCACGGUAAUGAGUAGUAUUCUGGAAUUGCAGUAGCAACUAGCAAGAGUAAUAUUCCAACUGCUGAUUUCUAAUUGUCUAGGAAAUUAGUCCUCUGUCAAUGUAUUAUUUAACCUACAUCUGAUCAAAGGUAGAAGUGAGAAUCUAAACUGUCUAGGUGUACAGCAUCCAGCCAGGCUGGCUAACCCCGGCCCAGAUCUCUGUACCUGCCAGGACUCUUGUGGGUCAGUUCCAGGUCUGUUCUGGAAUAAGACUCUGCCCGAGAAUCUAGCCUACUCUAGUCUCUCUCCACCAGUGAACUGGGAGUCAUUGUCAUAGUAUCCCCACUGUCCCAGUAAGUACAUCGUAUUUACUGUGUCAGGUGGCUUUGGUCCAUGGUUUAUUUAAAGCCAAAGUCAGUGUAAUGGUUAUAAUGGUGGUAUUUCUGGCUAUCACAGUAUUUAAAUGUGACUAUGCCUGAAGAGAUAAAAUAUGUGUGUUUGAGGGGUGAGGUUGACCUUACAAAGAAUGAUGUUGGACUGAAAAAUCUUUUUCAUUUGGCAUGAAUAGUAUUGAGAGACAGUUAAGGGAGUUAGCCUUGAAAUGGUUCAUUAUGUUUAGUGGUGGUGAUACUUUUCCCAGAUGAGGAAUGCAAAUGGGAAACUUAGUGUCUUGUAAAGUCUGUGUAAAUUGGUGUUACUCCAUUGUAGUAAAUGUGUAAGUAUUGUUGGACUGUAACAUGUCUGUGCCUGUUUCUACACUUGUACUUUCCCAUUUGGAACAAGACUUUCUAUAGUGAUACUUGAAUUAUUUUUGAUGGUCAUUAUUUUUCUAUCACUGGAACUGUCAGAUGAAAUAAAAUUGAUGGAAUGACAA